CACGUCGAAUGUUACACGUGAAUGCACGCACAUCUAUCCCAAGUAGAAUUUUCUCUAUCCCCCUUCGAGACUUAAAAGUAUUAACAUUCUAAAGACAGUGUUCAAAUCUUUUUGAAAUACAAAAAUUGACAACUUAUUUUUAAAUUGUUCUUAGUUUUCUAAACAAAAGCUGGAUAACUAGAUUGUUUUUAAGAAAAAAUAUCACUGCGUUGAGGAUUUAAAAAAAAACAGAGGGCCUUCGAAAAUGAGUCGUGUACAGAUAGUUUUUACGGCGUUAAUGUUUAUUGUGUUAUCUAUCUCUAAAACCUCUUCGGAUAUUUACACAUCCUCGAAAAAAAUCGAAGACAUGGUGAUAUUGGAGGAGGCCCUUUUGAACCAACUGCAUUCCGACGUCUCCAACCUGGGUGAUGAAAACCUGAUGUCCUACUUCACCGAGUUUUAUUCCAAUCGAUUGAGAAAAGCCAAAGAGCAACAAACAGCGGCCAACCUACAGGAUUAUCUCAAGCAUCCCAAUGGCGUAUACCACAGCAUCAAGCAAUUUGCUGCUGAAUACAAAGGAAUUCGUUCCCUUCUAAACUCCAGUCCCUCUGUCAGUAAACAUCUGAAUGGUAUAGCGACUGAAGAUGAUCUUGCUGGUGCUAGACGAUCUUUUCUCAGACUGCAGACGGUUUACGGUUUUGAGCCUUCUGAGAUGGUAAAGGGGGAGUACUUAGGAUACUCAGGGCCUGGGCUUUCCGUUCUUGACGCCUUCCAGGUCGGCCAAACAGCAUUUGCAGAAGGUGAGAUCAACGCGUCCAUCUCCUGGCUGAACGCGACCUAUGACCUCAAGCGGAGCCAGUCCCCGGGGAGCAGCGAGUAUCCAUCUGAGGGUCAAAUUUUGGCCCUGCUAGGCCGGGCGUAUUUGAGGCUUAACGAAGAUAACAGAGCUUUGGAGCUGUACAAGAAAGCUUACAUUUCAGAUCCCACAAAUGGCGACGUAUUUGAGCUUAACAAAGAGCUGGUCACCAAGCCAAGAGCUGCACCUAAGGAGAAGAACCUGUCGGAACAAAACUUCGCCCGACUCUGCGCUCUACAAAACAAACCAACAGCGGGUCCAUUUGACGGCAGACAUGUCUGUUUUUACCGUCCCGCCGUCUCCGCCCCCUACUACAGGUUCAAGCAGGAGGUCUUGUCCAUCUCUCCUUACGUGGCACUGUUUUACGACGUGCUGUCAGACAAAGAGGGUCAGGAUAUUGUUGACAUAGCCAGGGGAAAGCUCAACAGAGGAACCGUGGAGAGGUCAGGGUCGUCUAUCCAUAACGAAGGAAGGACAAGUGAUUUGUCGUUUAUUUUCGACAAAGAGUCCGAGCUUGUGAAACAACUGGGUAAACGAGUUGGGGCGAUCACAGGACUGGACACCUCACAAGAUCCUUCAGGAUUCCCCUACGUCGGUGAGCCAUUCCAGGUUGUAAACUAUGGUAUGGGUGGACAUUACGGCGUGCACUUGGACCCCUUCGAUGAGGUUGCCAGAAAAAACAACGCUAAAGUUAUGGCAGACAGCGGAAACAGACUGGCCACUUUUCUUAUUUAUCUAUCGGAUGUUGAAAAAGGUGGAUCAACAGCUUUUGUAAAUGCAGAUAUUGUUGUACAACCAGUCAAAAACAUGGCCCUGUUUUGGUACAGUUUUACCCCUGCAGGGGAUUUGGAUGAAAAGACAUUUCAUGCUGGAUGUCCUGUUGUUGUAGGACAUAAGUGGGUGACCAACAAGUGGAUAUGGACCUAUGGCAACACAUUCACCCGCCGCUGUGGACUGAGAAAAACUUCCACACAGAUAGACAUAGACAAAUAUAUGAUACAUGGAUGGGCAUGAGAUCAAUAGUUUAAAUCCUGCUCAGGUUGUGAUUUUUAGUUGUAACAAAACUUCAUCAUUGUCAUCACUGAGCUGCCUUAUAAAGAAAACACAUUACAUUACUGUAUGGUAUUACAAA